UUGUUCCAGAAAUCGAAAGUGUUUUUGUUUUGUUAAAAGUUUUAAAGUUCAAAUUCUACAUCAUGGCUUCGGAAAAAAGACCUGCAGAUGAAUCAGAUGAAGAAUAUUCAGAAUUUGAGACGAAUCUCAUUGAAAAGCUGAGGCUGAAUAAUGCACUUACUCCGGCUGAAAGGGAAUAUAUUCUGGAUCUGGUAACAAACAAUGAUGAUGAUGAUGAUGAUGAAGCUGAUGAAGGAAAAGCUCAUAAAGGUGUGCAAAUAAACAUGACAGGAACAAGCUUGCACACACAAACAGUGGAAGUCAUAGAAAGUGAAGAAGGGAAAGCUUCAUGUUCUGCGGAAAAAUCUCCAAUAGAACGUUUAAUGGACAAAACAUAUGAUGAUCGAAGAAUAUACAUUCUUUCUGAUAAUCCAAGGGUUGAAUAUGUCAAGGAAAAGUACCCACAUUUGUUUACAACUUCUCAGAUGAGAGCAGAACUGGACAGAAUUUUUUAUCCAGGAAAAUGUGAAGAAUUUCUUCAGAAAAUCUCCUUUUAUUCCAGAGUUAUUGUCGAUAAUACUGAUUGUUACAUAAUGCAAGGAGAAGUUAAAGACGUCGUGGAUAAAGCUCCAAGUGAAGAGGAACAAAAUUAUGCAAUCGAAGUUGGAUCUAUUUUACUGCUUCCUCCAACAGUUUAUGAUGAAAUGACAUUCUUGAGAUUUGAAAUUCCGAAUGAACAAGAAAAUUAUCCUUACAUCUGUGCAGACACCAAAGACUAUAAGGAUUUCUAUGUUAAAGGACUAUUGUUCAGAGUUAUAGUUGAGCAAGUUAAAGUUGGGGAAACUUAUAACUUUCUUGAGGCCGUGCUUCUGUUCUUUGCUUGUUUUUAUGUGUUUGACAUAGAGUAUCCUGAAAGAAGUAGAAAAACACUCGUUAUGAUGGAAAAGCUAUAUUUAGGUCUCAGAGACGAUGAUUCAUCUGAAUUGUGUGAUGAAUGUCUUGCUGCUCUUAAGUUCAUUAGUUCAAAAAAAGCAUAA